UUAUGAAAAAGGAAAUCAUUUUCAGAAUAUUGUGAAUAGAAAUCAACAUGUCAGCCAACGUGGGACCCGCUAACACCAACAAUCAUGUUGAAUCUGAACCUGUGAAACCAAAUCAAGUGGCAGGAGAAGAGAUGACGAGCAAAGACUAUUAUUUUGACUCCUACGCUCACUUUGGUAUUCAUGAAGAGAUGCUCAAAGAUGAGGUGCGAACCUUGACCUACAGGAAUUCUAUCUGGCAUAACAACCAUCUCUUUAAGGACAAAGUUGUGCUAGAUGUUGGAUGUGGAACUGGUAUCCUCUCCAUGUUUGCCGCCAAGGCCGGCGCCGCCAAGGUCAUCGGUGUCGACAUGUCCGGGAUAGUCGAGUCCGCCAAGAAGAUUGUGGAGGCGAACAAUUUAUCUGACACGGUUCACAUCAUCAGGGGGAAAAUAGAAGAGAUCAGUUUACCCGAGGGAAUCGACAAGGUUGAUAUUAUUAUCUCUGAAUGGAUGGGAUACUGUCUCUUUUAUGAAUCUAUGUUGGAUUCUGUUCUCUUUGCAAGAGAUAAAUGGCUAAGCCCUGAUGGUCUCAUGUUCCCCGACAAAGCUACUCUAUGGGUCACAGCUAUUGAAGAUAGACAAUAUAAGGAUGACAAGAUCAACUGGUGGGACGACGUGUACGGAUUUAACAUGUCCGCCAUCAGGAAGGUUGCCAUCACUGAACCCCUCGUGGACAUUGUUGACAGGAACCAGGUUGUGACCAACGCCUGCCUGGUCAAGGAGAUAGAUAUCCAGACAAUGAAGAAGGAAGAUAUUCCCUUCGAUGCUCCGUUCAGUAUCACAGUCAAGCGCAACGACUACAUUCAGGCUCUGGUCACUUACUUCGAUGUGGAAUUUAGCCAUUGUCACAAGAAAAUAGGAUUCUCGACAGCCCCUGAUGCCCCCUACACUCACUGGAAGCAAACUGUUUUCUACCUCAACGAUUAUAUAACUUGCAAGAAGGGUGACGUAGUAACUGGUAGACUAAGAUUGAAACCUAACACGAGAAAUAUUCGGGAUCUUGACAUAGAGAUAGAUGUAGAUUUCAAGGGAGAUCUGGGGGAUCUGAAGGAAGAGAACAAAUAUAGAAUGAGAUAAUUGUACCCUCAUGUACCCUUUUGUACAAAGCAGUAUUGAAAACCGUACGGUACACCAUCUUUCGUUGCUCGGACUUGUUGUAAUUUUGUUUUGUUGACGAAAAAGUUAUUUGAUACUAAAUCAUAUUCAUUGUAUUAAAUGUUUAGCUCGUACAAAAAUAUUUUUUUUAAUCAAAUUGGUCUGGACGUAUUUUUAACGAAAAAUAAUAGAGAACAGUUCUAAAAUUUUUGCCAAGUUUUUUAUUUGAAUUUCGUAGAGUUAGUUGACCUGUAUUCGAAUCAUCAUGAAUUAUACAUUCUGUCUGUUCCUUAGUAUUAGAAAAUAAACCUUUUUU